AAUGGAAGAGGACAAUGCUAACGACAUAAUAAAAUGGUUAUUUAAAGACAAAACACAGGCUGACUGUAAAGGAAUUGUUGAAAUGAGUGGGGAUGGAGCGAGGAAGACGAAAUGGGAGGCAAGACUGAAAGGAAACUUGCUGGCCUUGGAAGCUGUUGAUUUUACGGCAGAGCCAAUUCUGUUUGUCUGUGAAAAACUUGAAUUUUGGCCUUCAAAUAAAUCACAAAAUGGAUUGAGUUUAAGACAAAACAGCAAAGAAUUUUUGAUGGAAUUUGUUGGGGGAGAUUGUGUGGAUAAAUGGGCAAUGCAGUUGGGAGUAUGUUCUCACAGAGUUACCCAGGCUGAAUAUGAACAAGCUCUUUUUUCGCAUUAUUCUCACGAUUCUUCCAAAACUGGAUGUUCUCCUCCCUCCCCGUUCAGUUCUUUUCUUCUUUCUCAAUUAGCAAAGGAACAAACUUUCAAUCUUUUCCAGUCAGCAAACAUUCCAAACAAAAAAGUUGUAUUAAAAGAAGCAAUGUACGAGACAAGACUUUCAUUUUUAAUACCUCAAGAAAUGAUUAAAUUAUCGUUAAAAUGGACAAGUGAAAUGCGUGAUGAAUUACUGGAUAAACUUUGGGGAAUUAAAAAUUCAACAAUGUUGGAUACUUUACAUAUGUUUGUUAGACAUUUGAAUUCUAAUAUUGAGAUCCACACACAGGCAUCAGAAUUUUUAGAAAAUUAUUUGGGACCUUCUUUCCGACCUUCAGUAGAAAAAUAUCGUCUCUCAUUUCUUCACGUUCCAACAAAUUUACAUGUACAAAUGUUUUAUAUAGACAGUAAAAAUGUUGGAAAUUUUGUAACCUCAGGAGCAUUAACAGCAAUGCCUUUGCGUUAUUCUAAUGGAGGAAUGUUUAAUUUAAGAAAUAAAUUUCUAUCCAACUUAACACCCCAAGCAAUUGACCAAACAGAUGAAGGACGUUUUUAUAGACGAAAACAGACCUUAAUUAAAUUAAAAAGAAUGAUUGGAGAAUUAAGUAGAAGAAUUGAUAUUGAAUGGAAAAUAAAUGAAAAGGGAGUUAAUAGUGCUGAUAAAAUUGUUGUUGGAAUUUUCGCUGAGUCUAAACAGUAUCGUUGUUGGGUUGGAAAAGGAACCGAAUUCAGUUCCUGA